GGCGGCGGGAGCUGCGCCGCGUCCGCACCGGGCCACGCCUGGGGCUGCGAGCGGGGCACCGGCACCGGCACCGCCAUCCGCACCGGCACCUCCCGGCCACGCCUGGGGCUGCGAGCGGGGCACCGGCACCGAGACCCGCACCGGGACCAGGACCCCCGAGCCACGCCUGAGGAGGUUGCGAGCGGGGCACCGGCACCGGGACUCGCACAGGGAUCGGGACCUGCACUCCUGGGCCACGCUUGGGGCCGCUGCGAGCCUGACACUGAGACCGGGACCGGGACCUGGACUCCCGAGCCACGCCUGGGGCUACGAGCCGGACACCAGCACCGGGACCCGCUCCCGCGCCGGGACAGCUGCGCCACCCCGACCAGGUGCCCCCAGGUGUGCCCAUGGAGUGACCCUGCGCGGGGGUCCCGGCAGCUGUGCCAGCACGGGGGGACGCUGGCUGCCACCACCGCGAGCAUGAGCGACUUCUGGCACAAGCUGGGCUGCUGCGUCGUGGAGAAGCCCCAGCCCAAGAAGAGGAGGAGACGGAUCGACCGCUCCAUGAUCGGGGAGCCCAUGAACUUCGUCCACCUGACACACAUCGGCUCCGGAGACAUGGCCGCGGGAGAGGGGCUGCCCAUGACCGGUGCUGUCCAGGAGAUGAGGUCCAAGGGUGGCCGGGAGCGACAGUGGAGCAACUCCCGCGUGUUGUAGCGUCUUCCUGGCUUUUUCAGCCCAAACUUGAACUGCCUGAUCCCCCCCGCUGGAGGAGAAGCGACCUCGAGUGCUUUAACCCCGCGGUAUUUAUGCAGCACCACCCUCACCCAGCUCCCGGUGAUUUUGGGUCGUCAUCCCUCUGGAAAAUCCCUCCUGCCCAGAGGCACUGGCCGGUGACAUGGGGAGGGAGCGGGGACAACAGCCCCUACCUCCUGCCCCGCCUGGAAAGGACACAGCCACCCCCCUGAAACGUGCCAGGAGCUGCCAGGUGCAGCCCACAUGUGCCAAAUCCUCUCACUUUUCCCUUUUUCCACUCCGGUGUCUCCCAUGGGCUGCAUAGUGGUGCCUCAGAUUCCCUAGGGAAUCACGGUCAUGGUGCAGAGGCAGAUUUGCUGCCUCCCAGAACAUCACAGAGGAGCAAAACCGGGAUUAAGCCCUGAUAUUCUGGUGCCAAACCAGAAUUAAACCCAAGAUGUUCUGGUGUCAAACCAGGAUUCCAUGUGAAACCGGGAUUAAACCCCAAUUCUUUGGAGCAAAACCGGGAUUAAACCCCGAUGCUUCGGUGCCAAACCAGGAUCAAACCCCAACGCUUCGGUGUCUCAGCGUCACCGAGCCCACAGUGCCUCCAGCCGGCAUUCCCACCGCCGCCAAACUCCCACCUCCCUCCUUUUUUUAGGACACGUUCUUAUUUUUAAGCUCCAAAACCCACCUGAGCAGCCUCCGUCGCCUCAGGGGCAGGACCGUGGCGGGGUCCCCUCCACCCCGGGAUUGUCCCCGGCCCCGGGGCCUGACCCGAAAGGGCUCUGGAAUUCAGGCGCGGGUGUACAUAGUUUAAUUAGCGCCAGGAUUAAAUAUUAAAUAGCA